GUAGUCCUCCCAUGUUGAUGGCCCAAUGGCUCAUGCCUGGGAAUCAAUUCUAAUUCUGGUCCUGCUGCUCCAGCAUUAGUUUUAUUCUCUACUUUUGUAGGAUUAUUAAAGUAAAAUGGAAGGCAUAGGGGAAGGGGAAGGGGAAGGGGAAGGCGCGUAGACAAAUCAUAAAUAAAGUGAAACUGAAGGGGGGAGAGGGAUGAAGAUAACGGCUCUUCUGGUAAUGAAAUGGCAAGGCGAUUCCAUUGAUCCUGUGAUCCUGGCCAACGCAUGCGAUGUGAGCCAAUUCGGCUAUUUCCAGAGGAGUGGUGCCAAGGAAUUCAUUGUGUUCGUGGGACGAACAGUGGCCAAACGAACCCCACCUGCCCAGCGCCAAUCUGUCCAGCAUCAAGAAUACAAGGUUCAUUCUUACAACAGAAAUGGCCUCUGCGCUUUGGGCUUUAUGGAUGACAACUACCCUGUGCGAAGUGCCUUUUCUCUUCUCAACAAGGUAUUAGAAGAGUAUCAGAAGAAUUUUGGGGAUUCUUGGAGGAAUGCUCAGGCAGAUGUCACUCAACCAUGGCCUUAUCUAAAUGAAGCUCUAACCAAAUUUCAGGACCCUGCAGAGGCUGAUAAGUUGCUGAAAAUUCAGAGGGAUUUGGAUGAGACCAAAAUUAUCCUUCACAUGACCAUUGAUAGUGUUCUGGCCCGAGGGGAGAAAUUAGACAGUUUGGUGGAAAAGAGUUCUGAUCUGAGCAUGGCCUCCCAGACUGACCUGAUAGUGGCGCUGGAAGCAGAUGUUCUACAGGCAGGCAAGGAAAACCAACCAGUGCUGCACCAUAUUAUAGGUCUCCAGGAGGAGGAUGAGAGCAAAGGUUUGGCAGUUCAUGGAGGAAAUUUUCUUGGCAAAAGCUAUUGACUUUGCCUUCAUGAUGUAAUGAUAACAGGUGAUAUUUAUGGUGGUUGUAAUGUCUACACAUCAUGUGAAAUGGAAUCGUGUCUCUGAUCACAUACAUACCGUUUGUCAAAUAUCUCACUUUCAUGAAGGAGUGUAUGAUCCUAGGCUCCUAGCUAAUAUAUCUAUGUAGCUGCUUCCCUCUUGUUUCUGGGUCUGCUUCUCUUGCCUCUGUUUUUUGCUUGUGCAAUUCUUUUCCAAGUUUUUUGUUUGACAUAGUGCAUGAAUGCUGACAGUUUAGUAGUAUGUUCAGUUUGUACGUUUAAACAAGCAACUGAUUUGUUCC